CCCUCGCGUGCCGCCGCCAUGAACAGCGUCGGCGAGGCCUGCACGGAGCUGAAGCAGGAGUACGACCAGUGCUUCAACCGCUGGUUCGCCGAGAAGUUCCUGAAGGGGGAGGGCGGCGGCGGCGACCCCUGCGUGCAGCUCUUCAAGCGCUACCAGCUCUGCGUCCAGAAAGCUAUUAAGGAGAAAGACAUACCUAUCGAAGGGUUGGAAUUCAUGGGCCCCAACAAAGGAAAAUCUGAAAACUCCUGACUGAGAGGAUGCCAGAAAGUCUCCUGUGAACACUGAAGAACAGCCAUGAAGCAAAUUGACUGCUGAACAGCACUCUGACCAGCUUGAUUUCUUCAUUGGGUGGUGAGAAAUGGAGACUUUUCCCCAUGGCAGUGUCCGCCCCAUAACGGCAGGAGCCAGUUUAAUCUCUUGUGGCAUUUGGGGAGUGGUGUUAUCAUGUACAAGACUGGGGGACUCUUUGAGAUUUACAACGGAAUAUACUGCUAACAGUUGAAUCAGGUAGAUUCUUAUGGCUGAUUCAUCAGCUGAUUGCGGUUAUUUAUGUCAAUGUUAAAAUGAAUGUCAGGGACUCUGAUCCAUUAAUCAGUGUGUUCUGUUGGAAUUUUGUUUUCUUGAAUCUUUUCUGUCUAUUAGCGUUCCUUAAAAGCCGUCUCUUAUCCUGAAGUCCAUUAUGACAGCUUAAGUAAUGCAGAAUUUGAGCAAAAUGGUGCUACAGAAUGGGUGUGCCUUUCUCUGAGGAAGUGUCCUCACUUGGUCUUCAGAGCACUGCAAAAUCCUAAGCUCUUUUUCCUCACUUGCAGGUUUGAUGAAUAAUAUUUUAGAUUCAAAAGAGUUCCUUUGUUUCAGAGAGGGAUAAGUAGAUGCAUAGAACUUAACUUCCACUUGUUGGAUGUGAUCAGAGAACAUGAAGGGGAAAUGUGCCCAUCAUUUUUACUUACUUUCUUUCUAAGAAUGGCACAUGCCUGUGGUUUGAAAGGAGCUUAUUCCUUCUGUCUUGCACAUCACUGCAGUGCAUUCUUAGGGGUAGACCUAGAAAGGGAGGGCUGUUUAUGCAGCAUGAGGAGCACAUGUAAAACUAAUUAAUUUCACUUACCCAAAGCCAUAGUGAUGUCAGUUUAAUUUUAACUAGCUGCCCCUGUAUAUCAUGGAACAAAUUCCAGAACUGAAACAAGUACACGGUUGGUAUAAACAAAUAUUGUAAGACAUAAAUUUUUACUGGGCUAGUUUAAAAUGCAGCAUGUUCUCAACCAUACCGGGGCAGUUGGGUCAGAACUCUUCAAAGCCAGGCAAAAUCCAGCACUGUGGGGAAGCUUUGUGCCUUUCGCCAUAUUGUUGUACCGUGGCAUCUUAGAAGAUAAUGCUGUGCAGCCAGUUUGCUGCGACCAGUUGUUGUUGUUGUUUUUGCUGCAAAGUGGCUUCAAAUAGGAUGCUACUAUGAGGUGUGACCCUUCUCCCCCAAACCCUUACUAAGACAGCAAGCACAUCAGAAACCUCUGACUUGUGCUUUUUAUAGCAUCAGGAACUCAUUCCUUUAAAAAAAACCAAACCUAGUUUUGGAGGCAAAACCUUGGGUAUUCAAAGAUUAAACCUGGAAGGAAGGUUACUGCUGCUGUUACGAACAAAGAUGACCUGCACAAGCAGCCAGAUGCCAAGGCACAGCCCAAUGGAUGAACCUACAAGAGCUCCCGCGCUCCCACAAGCUCAUAUUCAUUCUGCCUCUGCAAAAACCAACUUGGCUGAUUUUUAAAAACAGAUUUCAAGGGCCCAGCUUUGAAUGGAGCAAAGCCCGGCUGCACAGCUGCAGCAGCCCUCCUUCCCUAGAACACCCCCAGGUCCCACGCUUGUCCAGCCUGCCUUUGCACUGGUAGAUGGAGUCCGGAGGCAUCUGGGGGAUCAGGGCAGCUGCAGCUGUUUCCACCCAGUCCAGCAUGUUGCAUCCCUUCUAGUUGUGCUCUGCUGCUCCCCUCCUCCUGGUUGGCUGUCCCCUUGUGCUCACCAGCCAUGGGGCCUGGUGCUUGAUGCCUUUUCCUAAAGGCCCAGCCUGGAGAGCAGCAGCAGGCAGAGCAGGUGCAACAGUAGUGGCAGCGGGGGGUGUGGGCAGAGGGCGACGCAGGUGCACCAAAGCGGGCACUGGGCUGGGCAGGCGUUCCCUACUGUGCUUCAGAGAAGAACGCUACCCCAGGUCCGUGGCAGGUGCGCCAGGUCUCUUUCAGUAGAAAGCGCCUUGUAACAUGACUGAACAGCUGUACCUGUCCUGUUAUGUACAAUAAUGGGAAUUGAAAGUGGAGAAUAAAGGUCCAAACUGCA